AUGGCAGGCUCUCGUGCGUCCCUCAUGGAGUGGACAGUCGACGACGGCACCGAUAACGAAGCUGCAUUCAACGGUCAAAACAUUCCCCACAGUCUGUCCUCCAAAGUCACCCAAUGGUGUCUGAUACGCGGUAUUCGACACCACCCCGGCUUCGCCACUGAGUUGCACGGUGCUCCAGAGCUCCCUUCCAUCACCCGAGCGCUCAACGCGCGCGCCAUCAUGAGCAGCAAAGUCCCGCAGAUGGAGAAGGAGGAAGAAUUUCCAUAUUGCUUUUGGCACCCUGAUCUGCCCAGCGAGCAAACACUCCGGCAGCUUCUCGCCCGGUAUGGAGAGACCCGGCCAACCAUCCAGUAUCAAGUCGGACGUGUGUGUGCGAUGGCCGGCUACACUGCUUUGUACGAUGAGCUCCAUCUCUUGCCCGAGGUGGCCAUUGCAGAGGAAGCCCGCGAUAGCUCUGCGCCAGGAAGCAAAGCCAUUUACGAGUCCAUCAUGCGCCAACCAGCCCGUUACUCCAUCAUGGACGACUACGCCCUCAAGAUCCGGACGGAAGAUCCCAGACCGGUUGCUUUCCUCAUGGGAAACACAUGCACCCGCCAAACUCUUGUCAACUACCCCAUGCCCGCCGGCAACCUCUUCAACCCUCACACCAUCCCGGCCCCCAUCUUUGACAUAACCGAGGACCGCAACCUUUCCUUCGACAAGAACGCUCUCCGCCCCUCCCAAAUUCCCGUUUCGGAAGAUACCCUCCGGCUCUUGUACGCCCCGCUCCCGCUAAAUCUACCGUCCCACGCCGCUUCCAUGGCCGACAAGAACCUCCUCAUCCUCAUGGCCGCUUGGUCCAGCAACAUUGAGCGGUACUCGCGUCUCCGGCGGCCUGGUGUCGUCAUCCCUGGCGAGUUGCAGUGCAUCGUGCGCGGCAUCUACCACUCGGUCUUCUUCGCCAAGUGGUGGGCAUCUCCAGAGCAACUGAAGGUUCAGAAACAGCUGGGAAUCAACCUGAUGCCAUUUAUCCACGCACGCUUUGUCAUGCACAACGAUCUCUCGUGGAUAAAGGAGGAUACGCCCGAGGAGGACAUGCCGACGAUCAUGUGGGUUCCGGACCAUGCCGAGCAGAGCACGUACUUGGCCAUGGCGCGGAUGAGACCGACGGAGAGAACCAAGUUUCGGUGCGCGAGGGCCCUGAUCGCCAUAGGCGAUUACGAAGGGUAUGAGAAGCUGGGCACGGGCCCGGACAGGACCCAGUACUGGGAAGCCCAAAGCCGGCAAUGCAAAGAAGAGGCGUCAGGAUUUGAGGGCGUGGGAAAGAAGUUUUUGGAGGAUAUUGAAAAGAAGGCCAAGGAGAAAUGGGGGACAAGAAACAUCAAUGAGCGCCCUGAUGACCCGGAUCAUUUGUAUGUGGCGGAGUGGCAUUAUGAGUUGACAAAUAUGGCUGAAAACGAGGUUGAGGAUGAAUGGAAUCUGGUGUGGUUGACGCACAUGCUCGACGUUGGGGAUAAACCGCCUCGAUCGAUCAACUUGUAUCGGCAGGUCAAGACAGAGAUGACGGGAUUUGAUGAGCUCAGCAACGGGACCUACAUACGAGCCAUGACAGAGGAGGAGUAUGAGGAUUGGUUUGCACAAGCCGACCACUACGCUGACCCCAGACAGCCCAAUGACUUUAACCAAGACUGUGGCGUACAAGGCAUCUUGUUGCGCGUGGCAGCAAUGGACGAAGUGAAGAGAAUGGUAUCAGAGGGGUUUGAGUGGCGAAAUCUGUCUCAAAUGUAUCGAAACUGGGAUCAUGUACCGGAGGAUGAAAGGGAGUACCUUGGGGUAUAUCCGAGAAAGGAGAAGUGGGGGAUGAAAUAUCUCCGCCGCAAACUUGUCAGAGGCAGAAGUGGUAAGAUGGUGUGGGCUGGAGUAUGGUAAUCGAUGGCCGUUGUGGGGGACGCUGAGAUCAUGUCAUGGAAGGGGACAUAGGGGUGGAAGACAAACGGUUUUCUCAAGUCGCUGCAAACGCAGAAUGUCAUGGCAUCUGUCAAGCUAUUUCUUUCAACUCGUCUUGUUUCCAAAUAUAUUACUUCUGUUUGCUCA